CACCACGGAGUAAUCCGACAGGUUGUUUGCCUCCCGUUGGCGCGAUUGAGCUUGCAGUUGGCAUGGCAUAUGCAUCAGCACCCAGUUAUGCAUCUCAAGAAGAAAAAAGUAAAGAAGCAAAAAAAAAGAAACCAGGUCAAUUGGGGGAAUAAAGGGUCCAUCCAUCCAGUUGUCCCCCUCUCCAUCCUACCAACGGCCGGUGGCCAAAAAUGCGAUGCAGCAACCUGGAAUAUACACAUGUACCACCGCAUCAAGAUCCAUGUUCGCGAUGCACGACCCUCUCGAUUAAGAAUCUCGUCUCCACAGCCAUGGGCCCAUAUCCUCUCGUCUCUCCACAAUGCUCGCAUAACGUGCUUUUCUCUUGCUCUUCUCCAUCUCUUCCCGGAUGGAGAGGAGAGCACGGAGCAGAGGAAGCACUGAGACAUGUACGGUUGACGGGGUCUGACCCCCCCAUCAGGCGAAAUCGCCCAGUCGCAGCAUCUUCUUCGUACCCAGUA